CAUACAAGAACGUUUGCAAUGAAGUUGUGGUUUAUACUGUCGUUAUUUAUAAGCGGUUACGUCGCUUUGCCGUCGCCAGUGUAUAAUGAAGCACCUUAUCAACGUUAUUUAAACUUUCCCGACGCGGAAGGUAUACUUCAAACAAUUGAUUUAGAAGUACAACCAGAUUUUCAGCUGCUAAAUGAAAUUGAAAAUGAUUCCGCGAACAACCUCUAUUCAUUAUUCACGCGUGCAAACCCCACAAGCCCUCAAACGUUGGUCAUGGACGAUGCAGAAUCAAUAACUGCAUCAAACUUCAAUCCCGAACGUCCGACGGUCGUCAUCGUUCACGGAUGGGUCAGCAAUCAAAAUACUGGAAUCAACACUGUUUUAAGAGACGCGCAUCUCGAAAAAGCGGAUUGCAACGUGAUCGUAUUAGACUGGGAGAAACUCGCCAGUUCUGAUUAUGUCACAGCUUCGUUCGGCGUGCCCGCAGUGGGACAAGGCUUAGGGAGAUUUUUGGCAUUUUUGAACUCCGUCACGGAGGCACCUUAUUCGUCUAUGCAUCUGGUUGGCUUCAAUCUCGGUGCCCACAUCGUAGGUAACGCUGGAAAGGAACUAGGUGGACAGAUCGCUCGGAUCACAGGCUUAGAUCCUUCGGGCCCACUUUGGACUGGUAAUCAGAAUCGUUUGAAUGCUUCCGACGCUGUUUAUGUAGAGGUUAUCCAUACUGAUGGACCUUCUGGUGUUAACCCUACCUAUGGAUUAGGUAUCGGUAUCCCGAUCGGUACUGCCGACUUCUUCCCUAAUGGUGGUUAUUCCCAACCUGGUUGUUUGACCAGUAUUUGUGACCACAAUCGAUCGUGGGAACUGUACCGUGCUAGCGUAACCUACAACCAUCUAAUUGGACGCAAAUGCGUCAAUAUGGUGCAAAUGUUAAUGAACAUAUGCCGAGGAACUAGUUUCCACAUGGGUAAUGACAACUUGACAAAGUCUGAAUCUGGAAUAUUCCGCCUGGACACAGGAUGGAGAUAUCCGUAUUAAAUUUACCACUAAACCAGUCUCACUAACAUAAA